AUGUACGUCGUGAACAAUCUACUACAGUAUGUCCUGUCUACGGGAAAAAUAGAGGUGUCGAUUUCAGCACUCGUCUCUCAUGCAUCUAUGAAAGAUACCGAUGGAAUCCGAUUCGAGAACCCUGCUGAUGGCCAAAAUGACCAUCCCAAACCACUGGCUCAGGGCGGGCUACCACCAGAGGAAAAACUCAUCAUUUUCAUGGUUUUGAUGAGCAUUCUCGACUUGGCGAAAGAAUAUCUAGACCAUGUCGCACGCUCUAGAGGCUACGUCUCAGAUACUCAACUUGCCGAUGUGGCUACAGCAUCAUCACAAACACUCAGGGAUUCCUUCCCACUUCAUAAGGGUGCCGAGUCAGUCGCGGCACUGCACCUAUGA